GCGGCUCCCCGGCCGUGUGGCUGUCCCCGGCGCUGUCCCCGAGCCCGCGGCGUGCAUGGCCGUGCGCGGGCGGCGAUGGCUGCGCGCUGAUGGCCCAGCUCGCCAUGGCUGCCCGGGAGGAGCUCUACAGCAAAGUCAUCCCCCGGCGGAGCCGCCAGCACCGCGCCGGGACCAUCAAACAUGGCUCGUCGCUGGAGAUCCUGCUCUCCAUGGGCUUCCCCAAAGCACGGGCACAAAAAGCGCUGGCAUCGACAGGUGGAAGGAGUGUUCAAGCAGCAUGCGACUGGCUCUUCUCCCACGUGGGUGACCCGUUCCUGGAUGACACCCUGCCCCGGGAGUACGUGCUGUACCUGCGCCCCACCGGGCCCCUGGCGCAGAAGCUCUCCGAGUUCUGGCAGCAGUCGAAGCAGAUCUGUGGCAAGAACAAAGCUCACAACAUCUUCCCCCACAUCACCCUCUGCCAGUUCUUCAUGUGUGAGGACAGCAAGGUGGACGCUCUCACGGAAGCCCUGCAGGCCACGGUGAUGCGCUGGAAAUGCAAAUUCCCUGCCCCGCUGCCCCUGGAGCUCUACACGUCCUCCAACUUCAUCGGGCUCUUCGUCAAGGAGGAAAGUGCUGAGGUGCUCAAGAAGUUUGCUGCAGACUUCGCUGCAGAGGCGGCUUCCAAAGCAGAUGUCCACGUGGAGCCCCACAAGAAGCAGCUCCACGUCACCCUGGCCUAUCACUUCCAGAGCAGCCACCUGCCCACGCUGGAGAAGCUGGCCCAGAGCAUCGAUGUCAAGCUGGGCUGUGACUGGGUGGCCGCGAUCUUCUCCCGCGACAUUCGCUUCGUCAACCACGAGACUCUGCAAGUGAUCUACCCCUACACCCCCCAGAACGACGACGAGCUGGAGCUGGUCCCAGGGGAUUUCAUUUUCAUGUCCCCAGUGGAGCAAACCAGCACGAGUGAGGGCUGGAUUUAUGGCAUUUCCCUGGCCACUGGCUGCUCGGGGCUGCUGCCCGAAAACUACAUCACCAAGGCGGAUGAAUGUGGCACCUGGGUGUUCCAUGGGUCCUACUCCAUUCUGAACACCACAUCUUGCCCAUCCCUCCAAGCCUUUGCUGAUGGAGCUCUGGAGAGAAGGCAGCAGGAGGACCAAGGGCCAGGGGAUGCUGGGCCCCUCACCAUCAUCUGCCAGAACGUGCAGCCCCUGAGGAUAAGCAGCCAGCCGGGCCCUCAGAAGCGCUGCCUGUUCGUCUGCAGGCACGGCGAGAGGAUGGAUGUGGUUUUUGGGAAGUACUGGCUGUCCCAGUGCUUCGAUGCCAAAGGCAGGUACAUGCGCAGUAACCUGAAUAUGCCUCACAAUUUACCUCAGAGGAGUGGUGGUUUCAGGGAUUACGAAAAAGAUGCUCCCAUCACCGUGCUGGGCUGCACCCAGGCCAGGCUCGUGGGUAAGUGCUGCUCAGCAAGCAUGCAGCAGGAGAACACGCUGAAGAUCCGCGUGGAGCCGGAAUUCUCACUGUUUCCAGGCAUGCAGCAGGAGAACACGCUGAAGAUCCGCGUGGAGCCGGGCCUGUUCGAGUGGACCAAGUGGGUGUCGGGGAGCUCGCUGCCCGCCUGGAUCCCGCCCGCGGACCUGGCCGCAGCCACGCUCAGCGUGGACACAACCUACAGACCUCAUAUUCCCGUCAGCAAGUUGGUGGUUUCUGAGUCUUACGACUCCUACAUCAGCAGAAGCUACCAAGUAACGAAGGAAAUCAUCAGUGAAUGUAAAGGCAAAGGAAACAACAUCCUGAUCGUGGCUCAUGCAUCCUCCCUGGAGGCCUGCACCUGCCAGCUCCAGGGGCUGUCACCCCAGAACUCCAAGGAUUUUGUACAGAUGGUCCGAAAGAUUCCCUACCUGGGCUUUUGCUCCUGUGAAGAACUGGGGGACACUGGUGUGUGGCAGCUCACAGACCCUCCCAUCCUCCCUCUCACCCAUGGACCAACUGGAGGCUUUAACUGGAGAGAAACCCUCCUGCAGGAGUAGGGAGCAGCCCAGCAAGGACAGCCCUUCCCAGCGCUGGAGAAUGGCUCUUCUUCUUCCUUGUGUUUUACUGCCAGCAGGAAAAACCCUCCUCAUCUGUCCUGUGGCUCCCUCCAAGCGUAUCUCACACAGCCACAGCCCUGCCAAAAUCCUCAUUUACAACAAAAUGGGCUGAUUUGAGGUGGGGGGGAAAUAUUAAAAUACAGCUCGAGGCUCUUGCACGGCUCGGGGUUGGUUUCCUCACCUUGAAGGAGCUCUGGUGACACUUUCACUGCCACUGCAGGGACAGGGAGCUCUGUGUGUGUCAGGCAGGAUGCUGGGGGUGUUUUCUCACUGCUGUUUUUGCAAGGUGUCUGCACCUUUUUCAGCACCUCGUGCUUGCUCCUCUCCCAGCCCCCAAAGCCUCAGCACCUUCCAGAAAAAAUAAAAGGGUUUUAUUUCCUUCCCCCAGGCUGGAAACGAGCCCAGCGUUGCCUCUGCAGGCUGCCCCAGGUUAUUCCUCCCUCUCCUCUGAGCAGAGAUGGGAGUGCUCAAAAUGUGCUGGAUGUUGUGCAGAGAUUGGUUGGUAUUCAGGAAAAUUCUGGAUCAGAGGAAAAUUCUGAGUUUCAUAUCUGUUACAGCAAUUCCAGCUUCCCUGAAGAGGAGAAAAAAACUGGGCUGAAAGGAACCCCAAAAGAGGAGAAACAAUUGGGAUGGAGGAAACCCCAAAAAAAGGAGAAAUAACUGGGGUGGAGGAAACCACAAAAAAAGGAGAAAUGAUUGGGAUGGAGGAAACCCCAAAACAAGGAGAAAUAAUUGGGAGGAGGAAACCCCAAAAAAAGGAGAAAUAAUUGGGAUGGAGGAAACCCCAAAACAAGGAGAAAUAAUUGGGAGGAGGAAACCCCAAAAAAAGGAGAAAUAAUUGGGAUGGAGGAAACCCCAAAACAAGGAGAAAUAAUUGGGAGGAGGAAACCCCAAAAAAAGGAGAAAUAAUUGGGAUGGAGGAAACCCCAAAACAAGGAGAAAUAAUUGGGAGGAGGAAACCCCAAAAAAAGGAGAAAUAAUUGGGAUGGAGGAAACCCCAAAACAAGGAGAAAUAAUUGGGAGGAGGAAACCCCAAAAAAAGGAGAAAUAAUUGGGAUGGAGGAAACCCCAAAACAAGGAGAAAUAAUUGGGAGGAGGAAACCCCAAAAAAAGGAAACCCCAAAAGAGAAACAACUGGGCUGGAGCAACCCCGGAGGGGCUGAGCUCCCCAGUUUGGAGCUGCCCAUCCUGUCCCUGCUCAGCCCAGCCUGGCCAACAUCCCAGCUAUUCCCACAAUCCACAGGACAAAUAUCCCAUUAUUCCUACUUUUAGGACUGUGUAACACCCCUUAGGCCACUCGUAAGUGCUUUAUCACAGCAGGGAUGGAACUGAAAAGUCAGGGAGAAAAUUUAGGACAGGGCAAGGGAAUAAAAAUAAAUCCUGUUCCUGUGUGGUUUUAUCGCUGUCAGGUUCAUUUUUAAUUGGCAGUUAAACUAUUUUUGGCUGUGUGCAGACAUUCCGAGGAGCAUUUCUGGCUUGUUUUCAUCCAUGCAAAAAAAAAAAAAAAAAAAAAAAAUUAAUUAAAUAUUUGACAAUCACACCAAAAAAAAAAAAGAAAGAAUUUGGUUGCUGAGGCGUCUGAAUUCUCCAGAUUUUUUGUUUCAUGCCAGCAAGGUGUAAAUUGGGGCAGGAAAUAUUGUUGUAUUCUUAUAUUUAUUGCUCAGAUCCUGCUGGAGAUGAGUGACAUUAAAAGGAGUUUUUCAGGAGCACGAAACAGAGAGGGAGCAAAAGCUGAAUGCACAAUUUGAGUGGUGUCAGCUGCUCUUUGAUAUAGUAAUAGAGAAAAAAAGUGUUCUGCUUGAGGAGGUAGAUGUUAAAAUACUCUUCUUUAAGAAAAUAUAUAUAUUUUUGGAUGUUUGGGAAAUAUUUUGACAAUUGUAGUCUUCGUCUCGAAUUAGGUGUCAAGAAUCACAGGGAGAAAAAAUCUUAUUUUCUUCAGCAUUUUGAGUUUUCUUGGGGGUUUUGUGUUAAGCAGUCUCGUGUUGAAAAGGCUUUUUGGGUGGGAAAAAAAGAGAAAAAAUGUUGUUCCUUUUAAAUUUAUAAUUGAGAGGUUAAGAAGACAAAAGAAUUGCUGCUUCACUUUCACCCCGUUAAUGUGGAUUUAAUGCUCAUUAAUGUGGAUUUAAUGCUCAUUAAUGUGGAUUUAAUGUCACUCCAGUGGUUUGUCCCAGAACAUUCAACUUGAGCUCGCCAAAAUCUUUUCCUUCACUGUGAGCUGCAUCAGAUCCCAAGUUUAUUCUAACAGCACUUCCCAGGUUUCUCCUUCUCUCCACAAUUAAGGGAAAAAAAAAGCUGCAAACCUGCCAAGAACAAACAGUUAAUUUUUAUCAUUUGCAAUGUAUGGCUUAGAAAAAAACAAGAAUUAAAUGGACAUUACACCCAGAUCAACAGAGCUUCGCUUGUUUAUGCAAAAUGAGGAUCCAGACCGUGAUAAUUUCAGUAAAAAUUGGUAUUUCCCUUUUCACUCCAGGCAGCAGUUUCAGACAGAAGCUGGCUGAGGCCAGGGGACUCUGCUGCUGGGAAAUUGCAGUGAAUUUGAGAGUUUUUAUCCCCAAACAAUGCCUUUGGUUUGUGGUUUGGUUUAAUUCCUGUCUAAAGAGGCACAGAGGAAAUUAUCAAGGUAGGAGGGAUGGGGGAGCAGAGUGCUGGGAUGGUGUCACUGAACAAAAAUGCAAUUAACAGUGGCUGUUAAUUAACAGGUUGGCUGCAAAGGCUCUAAAUCACUUCUUGCUGCUCCCCACUUCCUCAAAUUCAUCCCCCAGGGACUCUUCAUAACCCACAACAGAAAAUACUCAGCCAGUUCCUUCAUUAUUUCCCCUUAAAAUGUAUUUUCUGAACUUUCUCUCCAUGACAUCUCUUCAGACUUGAUGUUAUCAACAGCUCCUUUUUCUUUCGGUUUUCUUUUGUUUCAUUUUCAACCUGUUGUAUCAUUCUGUUUACUACGGAUUUUAUUUUUUAUUUAGUGUGAGCAGAUUGUAUUUAUUUGAGGAAAAAAACCAAAAUGUUUGCUGUUUAAAAAAAAACCCCAAUAAUUGUAUUGCCAAAAAAAAAGCUGUAAUUACCUGUGA